AUGCAGCAUCGCACAACACAGCCAUAUUCAAGCGUUGCUCCAUUGCAUCACAUUCCGCAACAGUCGCAAACAAGGACAUUGAGUGGAAGUCAAAGCACGCAGCAACCCUACCCGUCGCCGAAUAUCUACACGCCUCAACCCAGUCUCCAGUCGCCGUUUCUCAAUAGCCAGGCUCAAUUCCAAGCGCAACCCGCCCCUGCCGACCCACCGAAUUUCUACCCUCCUACGCAAAGCCCACGAAGCCAGCAUAGCGGUGCUGGAGCUUAUUAUCCUCCAGAAAAACCCGAUUCUAUGGCAGCAACCGCGACCAUGCAGAGGCCCUACCCUCCAAUUUAUCACACUCCGCAGUCGAACUCGCCAGCUUCAGUCACUUCGCCCCAGACUCAUGAUCCUGCGCGGCCCAUGUAUGCUCAGCCAGGCUCUCAGUUGAGCCAGCCGCUUUAUGGCUAUCAGUAUGGGAUGAAUUCGGUACACCAGCCAAACUACGGACAGCAUCAUGCAACUCCCCAACAACACCAGAUCAACUCCCAAUCAAUGCUACCAUAUCAAUCUACAACUCCGCAGAUUGCUCCACCACAGGUUGCGUCACACCAUUCCACCAUUUCCAGCAGCCCAAGGCUAAAGUCGGAGCCGAACCAGCAUUAUCAACAGUCUUCCCAGGCGCGGCCGGGAAUGCUUCAACAACAGCAACAACAUCCAACUCCUGGUUCCCAACCCUCCGCCCUGCCGCAGCAACAAGCACAACAGCAAUCCACUCACCAGCAGCAGCAACAGCAACAGCAACAGCAACAGCAGCAGCAGCAGCAGCAGCAAAUGUCACAGCAACAGCAGCAGCAACAGCAACAACAACAGCAGCAGUCACAACAAAUGCCGCCAAAUCUACAGCAGGCAAACGCAAAUGCCGCGCCUGGACCUAUCCCUGCCACGACACCUUUGAAGGUGCGACAAGAUGGGAACGGGGUCCAGUGGAUAGCGUUUGAGUACUCCAGAGACCGCGUCAAAAUGGAGUAUACUAUCAGGUGUGACGUUGAGUCAGUGGAUGCCACUGUUUUGUCGCAGGAAUUCAAGUCCGAAAAUUGUGUCUAUCCGCGAGCUUGUGUGCCAAAAGAACAGUAUAAAGGAAAUCGAUUGACCUAUGAAACAGACUGCAACCACGUGGGUUGGGCGUUGGCAGAGCUGAAUCCGUGUCUACGAGGCAAGAGAGGACUGAUCCAACGGGCUGUGGAUAGCUGGAGAAACAGCAACCAAGAUCCGCGAUUGCGAAGUCGCCGCGUCCGUCGACAAGCCAAGAUGAACAGAUCCAAAAUGACACCUUCAUCCUUGGGCAAGGUGCCUGGAUCGAGUGGCGCCGUGUCGACAGGGCUUCCCGGUCCAAACUCAAUGGCAGCUCCCCCAACUAGGGCCCCUGGAUCUCUGCCCAGUACACAGUCUCAGAUACUCCAUCACGCCCAGGAUGUGUCUCCUACCGGCCAUGAGAAUGUUGGAGCAGCUCCUACCUAUAAUCCCGCACAACAGACUUAUCGACAAACCCCCGUGACCCCGCAAAUGACGAGUCCAAACGACUUGCGACAAAGUCAUGUUUUCACAGGCUAUCCAAGCUACCCAGCUUCUCUAGCUCCUUCUAUGGGCCCGUCCAUGGCUCCAUCAAUGCAAGGAGGUCUCCACCAUCUCGGACGGCCUGGAGGAACAGCGGCCAUGGUUUCAAAAGAACAAGAGGAGAGGAAUGAGGAAGACAAUGCCUUGUUCGGAGAGCUGCCUGAAGGCAAACGCCGAAAGUUCAUUCUGGUGGAGGAUACGCAGAAGAAUGCCCGCGUGCGAGUCAAGGUUACUUUGGAUCAGAUCGAGAUGAGUGAGAUCCCGGACUCUUACCGCAAGCAGAACUCUGUCUUUCCUCGAGCAUACUUCCCGGUUCAGAUGCAGACUGGUUCCGAGUCGACCCCAGGCGCUCGUUUCGUCGAAGAAGGGGACGAAGUUGAUAGUGGUGUGCCAACGAUUGGGAAAACAUCUGUCUCUGUUCCAACCACAGAUGGUGAAGCCGAGGUUUCUGUUCCCCUGAUCUCGAGAAGCAAAAGAGGCCGGGAGCAGAAGAUCAAUGAACUGGGAUAUCGCAUGGCCUGGGGACAGGGCCGAGUCUUUUCGGGCAGACCAAUCUUCCUUGCUCGAGCUCUCGACGCCUAUCGCAGCAAGCAACGAAGUGCACUCCUUGCAUCCGGUUCCGAUCCAUCACAAAUCCCUGCUCACCUCGAAAGUCGACCUGGCAAGAGGAAGUGGCUCGAACGAACCAGAGCUACGGCGCAAGCACCAACACCGCCAGCCCCCGCUUUGGACUAA